AUGAAAGCGUCAUUCCCGCGAUGGCGCGCCGCGAUACGAGAUAUUCGGACCGUCAAAGUGAACGGGAACUCCGUUAGGCCAAGACUACUGCGACAUGGACUGACCUCGACGUUCGCGGGUGCGCCGUCAACUGCAGGGCGAGGACUACCUGGCAAUGUCACAUCGAUUAGACCGUUGGUGGACGUACGUGCUGCGCAUCAUCCGACGAUCUACGCGCUGUCCACUGCACCAGGCCGAGCUGCCAUUGCUGUGAUCAGAAUAUCUGGACCUACGGCCUUGGAUGUCUACCAGGCAUUGUGUCCCGGGAAGCAGUUACCGAGGCCACGUCGGGCUUGUGUCAGGACUUUGUAUGAGCCAGCAAGCACAGAUGUUGGUGCCGAUGUACUUGACGCAAGUGCACUAGUACUUUACUUUCCUGCCCCACGCACUGUGACAGGGGAAGAUGUGCUGGAGUUACAUGUUCAUGGCGGACCCGCAAUUGUAAAAGCAGUCCUUGCAGCGAUUCCACGAUGUGUGGUCGAUCCUGCAGAUAGUCGCAUCCGCUAUGCUGAGCCCGGCGAGUUCACCAAACGAGCUUUCAUGAACGGUAGACUCGACCUCACGCAAGUUGAGGCACUAGGCGAUGUGCUUGCGGCUACCACUGAGCAGCAACGCCGGCUGUCUGUGCGUGGCACGAGCAACGGUAUGGCAAAGCGCUACGAAGACUGGCGACAGAGCCUCUUAUAUGCUCGUGGUGAGCUUGAAGCUUUGAUCGACUUUAGCGAAGAUCAGCAUUUCGACGAAAGUCCUGCUGAGCUAUGUGCUUCGGUGGCAGAGCAAGUUGUAAGGCUAAGAAGUCUGCUGCAACUGCAUCAAAAUAAUGCUGUCCGUGGCGAACUGCUCCGUAAUGGUAUCAAGAUCGCACUAUUGGGUGCGCCGAAUGCUGGCAAAAGCUCGCUACUCAACCGAGUCGUUGGCCGCGAGGCCGCUAUCGUAAGCAAUGAGGCUGGCACGACGAGGGACAUAGUCGAAGUUGGAAUUGAUCUAGGAGGCUAUCUCUGUCUACUGGGAGACACAGCCGGAUUACGGAAGGCAAAAGAGGCUGCUCACCAAAGUGGACUAGCGAGCGAAAUUAUUGGUCAGGUUGAGGAGGAAGGUAUGCGGCGAGCCAAGGUCAGAGCGGCAGAGAGUGACGUUGUAAUUGCUGUGGUCAGCUUUGAGGAUGCCGACGGCAACGUGGUGUUGCGAAUGGACGAUGAAGUCAUGUCUACUGCGAGUGAUCUCUUGAGAAGCAAGAAAAACCUGGUCGUCGUGAUCAACAAGGUUGACAAAGUGCACGAAAUUGAAAUGCAAGAAGCAGUAAAAGCAGUUGCAAAGGCACUACCUGGUCUGGACUCUAGCAUGAUCUUCCCGAUAUCUUGCAAAGAGGUCGGGUCCGCAGCAAAGCCAUCAGGCUCCGUGGCAGGCCCUGGAAAUGUCCAAGCUUUCUUGACCGGCCUUAUCCAGCACUUCCACAACAUAACCGCAGCACUCCUGCCAGGCGGUACAGACUCUGAGCCUGACGCCUCUGUAUGGCAAGAAUCCCUCGGUGCUACAGAAAGGCACCGUUCGCUCCUAGAGGAAUGUGUUGGGUACCUCGAUGCCUUCUUGGCUGAGGUACAGCCGAGUGUUACGGCUGAGAGCACUCCUGACGAAUCAGAAGCGGACAUCGUGGUCGCCGCCGAGCACUUGCGUGGCGCAGCCGAUUGCCUUGCCAAGAUCACUGGAAGGGGAGAGGCAGGAGAUGUGGAGGAAGUGCUGGGCGUGGUGUUUGAGAAGUUUUGUGUGGGAAAGUGA